ACAGCACUUCAGACAGCAAUAUGCUGUAGUCGACAAUCUUACGUUUUGGUAAAGAGUGGGACAGGGAGGGGGUGAUGCUACUGUAGUCGAACGGUGGGACGGACGUGCAGUUCAGUUUUGGGCACGCAUACGGUGCUGCAGGGAUUUUUAGGUGUACCUCUUCGGGCUCUUGGAUACCUUUUUCUCGUUAUAUGUGUGCGUGUUCUUUAGAUCCUCAGAUGGCUCUAGCACUUUCGCCGACCAGCGAAACCCAUGGAGUUCUAGCGCCGGACGGGCUGCAGCUGUUCCGCGCGCCCUCUCCCUCCGCCAGGCUCGACUGGGUGUCGGCCUUCGCCGUCGUUACCACCGCCCACGAGCUCGGACUUUGCAAGACCCCGCCGCUGCCGCCGCCGCCGCCGACACCGCCAUCGCCCACGACCGCUGCGGCGACGGCCGGUGACGCACGAGAAGAAUCGUCGGGAGCGCCGAGGCCGUCGAGGUUUGGGAGGACGUGGGGGUACAGGGGCGGGCGGAAGAGCGAUCCGGAGGGGGAAGACGAGGAGGAGGAGGAGGAGGAGGAGGAGGAGGAGGAUCAGGGAGGGGCGUGGGGGGAGACGGCGGCAAUCGGGGGCCGCGUCGCGGCGGCGGGGGUGAGGGCUAGGGUGACCACCGCGUCGCCCCCGAGGAGAGUGAUGCAGGGCUUCCUGAGGAAGAGGGCGGCGGCGAGGUCGUGGGGAUCGUCGGGGGUGUGGGAGUACCGCUGGGUGGUGUUAAGGGAUGAUGGGCGGCUGCUGUGGUACCUCUCGGUGCCCGCGGACCCCUGGGAGGUGCCGAACGGUUACCUCUGCCUCCGCGGCGCAAGGGUUUCGUUUUCAGAAGGCGUUUUGCUCAGGAACAACCUCCGGGAAGACGAGGUGCAGGGGGACCGGCUGUGCCCGUUCGUGGUGGAUGUCAUCGAACACGGCGAUGGCGACGGCGACGGCGAUAGCGGCGGUGACCCAGCAGUGCUGCAGCAGGCCCAUUGGCAACAACAACAACAACAGGAGCAGCAGGAGCAGCAGGAACAGCUGCGGAGACGUCGCGGGCGGGGGCAGCAGCAGCAGCAGCAGCAGCAGCAAGAGGAGGCGAGGCAAUCUGACCGACCGAGAGCACGUUCGUCGGAGCAGCCACAACAGCAGCGAGAGGGAGAGAGGCGGGUGGUGUUCCUGAGCACAUGGGGAACAGAGGAACGAGCGGAGUGGGUCGAGGCUCUCUCAAUGUACACACAAAGCAGCGGCAGCGGCGGUGCCGGUGGUGGCAAGAACGACCCACGCGCCGACCGCGGCAGGGAGCUGAGGCUCAGGGCGGAAGAACGGCGAAGGAAGGGGCUUGGGCGCCUCUUGGAGACGCCGGAGGAGGUCUUGAGCAAUCCUCACGAGGCCUUCGCCCUGCUGGUCGGAAGCGGCAGCGGCGGCGGAGUGACGAGGGGCGAGUUCUGCGAGGGAGUGCACCGGCCAAGGUGUGGCGUGCAUUCCGGGGGAGCCUAG